AGGGGCUCCCUGCCCUCAGCGGGAGCCGCCAUUUUCCCACCCCCGUGCGCGCUCUUAAAGGGGCCGCGUCCCCCGCGCUGAGGGGGCCGGUGGGGUUGGGGUCUGCUCCCGGUUCGCGAUCCCCGUUCACGAGUGGGAAGAACCGUGACAGCGGUUACCUCCGGGCACCGCAGAGCGUGUGGGAGCGGGAUUGGACCCGAUCGCGUCAGCAGGUUGAGUCACUCCAGGACGUGUUUCCCACCCCCAGGAAGUGAGGGAGAGUUGGAUCCCACGGCCAUGGCAGCGGAUGAGAGGGAUUACAACCUGACAGAGGAGCAGAAGGCUGUCAAGGCCAAAUACCCCCCACUCUGUAAGAAAUACGAAUAUCUGGAUCACACAGCAGAUGUGCAGCUCCAUGCCUGGGGAGACACCUUGGAGGAGGCUUUUGAGCAGUGUGUCAUGGCCAUGUUUGGCUACAUGACCGACACGGAGACCGUGGAACCCGUGGAUACCGUUGAGGUGGAGGCAGAAGGACACGACAUGUUGUCUCUCCUCUUCCACCUCCUGGAUGAGUGGCUGUAUAAAUUCAGUGCUAAUGAGUUCUUUGUACCCAGGGAGGUGAAAGUGCUUCACAUCGACCGAAUGCAGUUCAAAAUAAGAUCCAUUGGGUGGGGAGAAGAGUUCUCUUUAGGCAAACACCCACAGGGCACAGAGGUCAAAGCCAUCACUUACUCGGCGAUGCAGAUCUGUGAAGAUGAGAAGCCAGAAGUCUUUGUCAUCAUCGAUAUUUAAAGCAAGGAAAGGGUGGUCGAGUGGAUGUUUGUCACGGGCUGGCAGAAGUCCCCUAAAACUGUAAUCCCUGUGGAAGUAACUAAGGAAUUGGGCAGUUAAAAUCAUAAACUGAAGGGAGUAAUUGCAGGGAAUGUCAGCCAGUGUUUCCAGGUGAGGAUGGUGAGACGGAGAAUUAAAAGAACUGCGUGGGGGAUAUUGAGAAGAAGAGAUUUGUAGGAGUUGGAAAUCUCCCAGGAAUGCUGGUAGUCAUCUUUGAAGGCUGGUUCAUAUGUAUGAAAUACAGAAAUUAGUGAAGGUCCUAACUAAAAUGCUCCCCUUUUGCAGGGUGGCAGGAGGGAAUGUUCAUCUACGUGAUGUCCUUUGCAGAUUUCACUCUCCUAAUUCUGAGCUGACACCCCUCCUCCAUUUUACACGAAUCCAAAAUAGCUGCAGUGGCUCAGAUUUAAUGUGGAAAAAAAUUCCAGCUGUUUAAAAGACACGCACAAAAAAAAAUAAAUUAAACCAGUUAAAAAAACCAAACCACCACACCUUUAAAAAUACUUAAACCCAAAACCCGUGCCAGUAGGUGGUGCUGUAAAUAGAUUUCCCCUUGAAAUCCUAAGGCACGUGACCAUGUACCUGGAAUCCUCACAUCACCUGACAUCCCCCCAAAAAGCUGGCAGCUUUGCCAGGGGAUGCACCAGGUUGGAAGGGGGUGCUCCAGGCUCUCUGCAGCUUCACUCCCAUCUGUUUCCUGU